AUGUCCUCCAUCGAGCAGCUGCGACGCGACAUUGAGGCGCAGGAGAAACAGGUGGCCGCCCUCCGUGAACAGAAGGCGCACCGCGACGCGCUUCUGGCGCAGAUCCGCAGUCUCAUCAGCUGCACCGAACCAGAACUCUUCGCCAGUCUCAACCAUGACGUCUCGGAGCUCAUGUACGCUAUUACAGCUGGCAGAACGCACGAAACCGCAUCGCCGUCAAGCAAAGGCCUGUCAAGCUCAUAUGGGCAGGAGGGUGAGGACGAGGCGGCCGCAGGUGUGCCCACUGCUCUGUUCAGCGAGGAAAUGGAGGAACGCAUCAUGCAGGAGGAGGAGCCCCCGCUGCCGUCGCCACCGCGAAGAGUACGGGGUAAGAGGAAGAAGCGUGACCGGAACAAGGAGAGAAAUAAAAAGAAACAGCAGCAGCAUAAGCACCAUGUAGAUCCCUGUGGUGCAGUGCUCUCGAAGAGGGAGACUGCUGCAAGAAGCGCUCUGCUGGCUGCCGUUGACGCGUUGCAGCUCGAGCACACGCCCAACACAGUUGACGAGCCACCGCUGUGGCUGUCGGAUGUCGAGACACCGCCGCCACCACGACAGGAGGAACAACAAGGAGCGGACGAGAAGGAAGAGGGGGUGGACUAUUCCGAUGAUUUUGAAGAGUUGAGUGACGCGGAGCGUGAGGGUGACAUGAAGUGA